CGCCGGCAAAACUUGUUCAAUGUUUUGACUUUUAGUGGGCAACUUGAUCAGAACCAGAAGUAGAAGAAGAAGCGUAAAGUUUGCAAUUAUUUGUAAUUUAUAAAUUUGCCAUUUUUACGAUAAGUAGUUAUCAUCAUCAUGGCGAUGGAAAGACUUGCCGGCCUGGAGAAAGUGGAAAACGAUAUUCUAAGCUGUCUUCAAAGUGCAGGACAAGUCUUGACGGAAAUGAGUAAAGAUAAGCCCUCCCAGAAGCAAGUGGACAUACACACGAACGUAUUUAUCAAAACGUUAAACACCGUGGAAUUAGAUUUGGGUAAGCAUAUCAACUAUUUGACGCAAGUUUCGACCGGUCAGGCGCACGAAGGGUCGAGUUACGCGGCGCAGAAGACUUUACAAAUGGCCUGGCAUAGAAGUGAACAUAUGAGAUCGAAGGUCAUCGAGUUGGAGAGGGGGAGGAAUCACAUGUUCGUUGCGGCUGGAUUGGCUGCGAGGCAAAGAAUGGCAGCAGCAGCGGCCGCCGCCGCAGCUGCGGCAGGUCAACAAGGUCAAGGUCACCCUCAGCAGAACCCAAAUGUGACCGGGCCAACGAUGCCGACUUCUUCGCAAGGAAUUAAUAGCCAUUCAGCGCCACAUUAAUCAAGGAUAAACGUUUUUUAUAUAUAAAGUAAUUCUUUUAUAAACGUUUUUAUCAAGUAAUUUUACAAAAUAUGUAUUUAAUUAAUUUUAAUUAUUCUGUAUACAAAAAUUAAAUCGAGUUUCUUCAGGA